CAACAGCACCAACAGCACCAACAGCACCAACAGCACCAACCUGCAACCCCGACCUACGGCCCUCAUCAGCCACCGCAGCCUGCCUAUAGUGGCUACGUGCAACCUCAUCCGCCGUAUGCCACGCAGCACUCUCCAGCGCAAGCAUACCCGCCGCAGCCCGCAUAUCAACAGACCCACUUGCAGCCGCCCCACCCCAGCUACCCGCAGUACGCUGCUCAGCAGGUUCCACAGCAACCGUCUCAAGUACAACCCCCGCAAGCUGCUUACCACGCGCCUGCGCCAUUGCAGGUUCCAUCCUACGCCCAAGCAAAUCAAUACCAGGCUGUGCCAUCAGCAUCCUUCCCACCGCCCAAGCCACAACAGCAAUCGCAAGGAUGGCAACCGUAUCAACCGCCCCCACCAACUCAGCCCUCCUACCAUCAGCAUCCGUCAAAGGGAGCUGGUCCUCCAACUCCAUACUCCCGCCCACUAGCCCGUAGUUUCCCGAGGCAGAAUGCGCACAAUUCUGGUCAACAUCAUGGACCGGGAGGUCGUGGCGGGGCUAGGGGAGUAGGAGGAAAGAGUGAGCGACAGAAGCAAUUUCAGCAGCAGCCACCGCCGUCAGCAGACACUGCCGCCCCUCGGCCACCGUCGCCGCCGCGCUUUUUCGCUGAUCGAGUCUCACCAACUGUGGUAAAGACGAAAUCAGAGGCCGUGGGGCUGAACGCUCCGCAACGUGUUGACCACCCAAUUGGAGCCACUCACGAUCCAGAGGCAUCCUUGACCGAUCCGGUAGUGGAUGAGCCAGUCGAAAAAGGAAAGAAUAUCGUUGGCUCAAAAUAUUUUGAUUCUGAAGGAAACCCAAUCAACAGGGCGGAUAUCGAGGCAGAUGAGGACAUGAAGAAUGAUCCCGUUUGGAUAUCGAUUCGCACCGGGGGGACGACACGAGUUAUUCUGCACGGCGAAAGGGUGCCUCUUACAGCAGAGGAGGAAGAGUUGAUCAAGCGGAUGAAGGUCAAUGUGGGCGGUAGUGUGAAGGCUAAUGCAAAUGCAAAUGCUGGUAUCGACGCUUCAGAUCCGUCUGCCGGACGAAAGUCUGAGGGCAAAAAGCGAAGCUGGGACGAUUUUCAAGGCGGUGCAAACAAACCUGUGCAGGACCAGGACCGACGGCCGAAUAAGAGACGCCAUGGAAACGACGGACGGCACAGACGAAGUAACCGCAAUAGACACGGGAACAGAGGAGGCGGAAACCGCAGCACCCAUCAGGACACACCUAUGACUGGAAUGUCGACUACUGAGAGCAAUCAACCCGUGGUCCACAGAUCAGUCCACCCGUUACCGCCCAAGCCGACGGCCGUACCUCCGCCAGCCCCUUCAUCAUAAUAAAUUUCAAGCAUCUCGCCCUCGUUCUAGCAAUCGUCGUUCGGCUUCCCCUUCUCGUCAAAAUGAAUCGAAUUACCGCCAGCGAGACUACGACAAGCUAAAGGCAGGUGACCAAAAGGAGACUGCUGUCAAAUUGGAAGUCCCGGAGAAUGCGGACGUGCGUCGUCGAGGCAGUGCAGCCAUGGAGGUGUAUAG